UCGGCAGUCAGUCUGGUCCGUAGCCACGAUGGAUGCAAUACCAUGCCUUCUGGUCGUCCUCCUAUUCUGGACAAGGAUACAAGAAAAUACCGCCCUCCAGUGUUACUGUGACCGCUGCAGUGCCAACUCCAGCUGCACGACCGACGGCGUCUGCUUCGUCGCCAUCCGCAAAUCGGGCAGCAAGCUGACCACGGAGCAGCGCCAGUGCGUACGUGAAAAUGAACUGAUCCCCCGAGACCGGCCCUUCAUCUGUGCACCGUCCGUCAAACACGACACUGGCAUCUACCCCAUGUGCUGCACCACGGACUACUGCAACAAAGAGCCCGACCUCCAGAUCUUCCCUGUCCCGACAAAGACCCCUCCUCUCGGUCCCGUCGCCCUGGCUGCAGUGAUCGCGGUCCCGGUGUGUGUGUUCUGCCUGCUGCUGGUCUUGGCAUUCUAUGUUUGCCACAGCCACAGGGGUCUGGGGGCCGGGGGCGCCGGGGCCCAUCACCACCAUCACCAUCGGGUGCCCAACGAAGAGGACCCCUCCAUGGACCACCCCUUCAUCACUGUUGGAACAACACUGAAGGACCUCAUCUACGACAUGACCACCUCUGGCUCUGGAUCAGGCCUGCCGCUGCUGGUCCAGAGGACCAUUGCCAGGACCAUCAUCCUCCAGGAGAGCAUCGGGAAGGGGCGCUUCGGCGAGGUGUGGCGGGGCAAGUGGCGCGGGGAGGAGGUGGCCGUUAAGAUCUUCUCCUCCCGGGAGGAACGCUCUUGGUUCCGCGAGGCUGAGAUCUACCAGACGGUGAUGCUGAGGCAUGAGAACAUUCUGGGCUUCAUCGCGGCCGACAACAAAGAUAACGGGACGUGGACUCAGCUGUGGCUCGUGUCCGAUUACCACGAGCACGGCUCACUGUUCGACUACCUGAAUCGCUACACCGUCACUGUGGAGGGCAUGAUCAAACUGUCCCUGUCCACAGCCAGUGGCCUUGCCCACCUCCACAUGGAGAUAGUGGGCACGCAAGGGAAGCCGGCUAUCGCCCACAGAGACCUGAAGUCAAAGAACAUUCUGGUGAAGAAGAACGGGACCUGCUGCAUCGCUGACCUGGGCCUAGCCGUCCGCCACGACUCGGCCACUGACACCAUCGACAUCGCUCCAAACCACAGAGUGGGAACCAAAAGGUAUAUGGCGCCAGAGGUCCUGGACGAUUCCAUAAACAUGAAACACUUUGAGUCUUUCAAGCGAGCCGACAUCUAUGCCAUGGGCCUGGUCUUCUGGGAGAUCGCCAGCCGCUGCUCCAUGGGAGGCAUCCACGAGGACUACCAGCUGCCCUACUAUGACCUGGUUCAGUCAGAUCCGUCAGUGGAGGAGAUGAGGAAGGUGGUCUGUGAACAGAAGCUUCGGCCCAACAUUCCUAACCGCUGGCAGAGCUGUGAGGCCUUGCGGGUGAUGGCGAAGAUAAUGAGGGAGUGUUGGUAUGCCAACAGUGCUGCCCGACUCACCGCUCUCCGGAUCAAGAAAACUCUGUCUCAGCUCAGCCAACAGGAGGGAAUCAAGAUGUAGACACACAACUACCAAACACCCACACAUACACAUACACACACACACACACACACACACACACACACACACACACACACACACCCGUACGCAGGCACGCACGCACGCACACACACACACACACCUGACUGGCAUCCAUAUUGUUAGCAUUACAGCAUUAUUAUCUUCGUUAUUAUUCAUCGAUUGUUCCUCCCCUUUAGUUUGAAGGGAAGUGAAGACUUUUUUUUGUGCUCUUUUUUUCUUCUUCUUCCAUUUCAUUCAUUGACAAACUGAUGAGUCCUGCAGCACAAACUGUGGAACUGUGUGUGUAUGAGUGUGUUGCACUGGGCUGACAUACACACGCAUGAAUGGAUCUAAUGAGGGAUGGUUGUGCCUGAAGGGGAUAACAGAGGUCUUAAAGGAAGCUGCCGCUCAUUAUCCUCCACCUUCCUUUACUACAUUCAUCACAUGAAGUUUCUAAAAGACCCAUUGGGGCAACUGGUGCACAUUUGAAGUCCCAUCUCCACUGCUCAUCACACACCUAACCAAUAAGAGCUCAGACCCCAUUAGGGAAUUACCCGGGGGUCCUCUGAGCUGCCGGAGCUUCGCUCUCAUCUUCUCUAAUCUUCAUCAUCACUCUCUCAUUUGUAUAUUAUCAUUUCAUUCUUUACUUCCGAAAAUGAAGCUACUCAUGAGUAGGGCUGCAAGCUGCUCAUCUACAUCUUUGAAUGAUGUCAUGAAUCAUCGUCAAAUUUCAACUUCAGUUUCAACAAAUUACAAACGGAACAGUGUUAAAAAUGAUCCAACAUGUUUUCAGGUUAAACAUCACAGUGAGGCAUGUACUGGAGCCAUCAUGGAAAAAACAGAUCAAAUUUGACUAUUUACAGAUUUGACUGACUGCAGGUCAGCCGUGAAAAGAAUUGAAUUCACCACGUCAAUUUAGACAGAAGAUCUCCAAACUUCAAUGUGUCAGUGCUCUGACCUCAGAGGUGUUUACAUUUCAGAAUGUAGCUGAGGUUAAAGUUUAGAUUUGAAGAUAGAACAUUGUCAUUUUUACAGCCCUUUAUGGCUUCCGUACGUAGGGUGCAUUGUGUGGUGUAACAUCAACAGCACCAAAAUAUAUGAGAAUGAUGGCUGACCUCUUCACGGUUUCCCCAGUGGUAUGUUUUGACAGGGCCCCGGGCCCCAAUAAUGUUAUCGAUCAGUGGUUGUCAUUCUGAUGUUACAGAGGACGAGGUGUUCGCCAUCAAAUCCAAUAUGUGGUUUUGUUGGCUUUAACACUUAACAAGCCAUCACAGUAACAUUUGUGAUGGCCUAUGAUAGUUGGAAAUGUUGUGUUGAAUGUCACUGAUCUCAGAUCUGCUGUUUUCCCAUAGUGCAUCCACAUUUUAACCAAAAGAUGAUGCUGAUGAGCAUCCACCCAUCACAUCUGUGUCCAACUGAGCGGCCCAGCUGUAGCUAUAAUUUAAAAAAGUCUUAAAAUACAAUUUUUUAAAAAUCUAAUUCCCAGGCCUUGUGAGGGGCUCCAGCUUAGGCGUGGAGGGCCGCUGGGCUUGCGAUGUAUUGGUGGAAACCCUGCUGUUUGUUUUUAUAUUGUGCAUUUUCCAUUAACAUGCUUUGUGAAAAUUUACAGAAAGCGAUGAUUGAUUUGUCAGCCCUGAUCAGAGGGAUUUCAGAGAAUAAAGAUGAUUGAGCACAGAGACAGAUGUGAAGCGGUCUGCAGCCCUGCUCCUGAGUCGUGUUACAGUAGCACGGGGAACUGAAACGAGGACCUGGGAGUUCUGGGACAGUCUGUAAGCUGCCCUGUGGGGUCCAGACAAACAGUGGCUUCAUCUGUUCUUUAUGUAGUGCAGUCCUCAUCUCUGCAACAGUUUUGCACCUGUUUGUUCAUUUGUUACUGUUGUAUUUCCCCGUCUCCCUGCCAACACACAGGGAGACAGGGGACAGGUCAGUUUAAUUUAUUGUGUUUUUUUAAUUUUCUUUCUGGUGGCAGGGGAUCUUUUUUGCAAAACAAAACUGGACAUGAUGACCUCAUUCAUUUUUGGCAAACAUGCUGCAACAUAUGCAAUAUACAGUAGAUAAAUGUGUCUAUUUUCUAUACUCUGCUCUGCUAAACCACAAACAGCAAGAACAACAACACCAACAAUCAGCUGCCACCAUGCCUUCAAAGCCAGCUGUUACCGGAAAGUGCCAGUGCUUUAAAAAAACCCGACUCCUCUCAUGUCGGCUGCUGUGGAGUGCGUUUUGCUCUCACCUGUAUGCAGCUCCGUGUGCGUGUGUGUGUCAGAGGAGGCCCGCGGGAGCCAUGCCGAGCAUACAGCACGCUCGUACUAUGCACACCCAAGAAGAAGGGACGGAAAGCAAGAAGGGACACACACGCCACGUCUCAUCACCCACAACCCAGCCGACUCUCUGGUGCCAUUUCAACCCCCGCCCCCCCCACACCCGACCACCUCAGCAACAACUCAUCGUACAGCUUCUCCUCCCGGUGUGGACAGAGUCUGGAACCUGAGCUCCAGCACCUCAAACUGUGUUUGGUUGGAAAAACGAUGCCACAAAAGCUCCCAGCAGCUUUUGAAAAGAGACACAAAGACUUGUAAGCAUUACUGAUGUUGCCCUAUAAAUGUAAACUCUUGGAUUUCUGAUUUUCGUUCUCUUCAUGUGUUUGCGCCGUCGACAGCGCAGCAGCGCAAAUCAACCUUUCAAGCGUUUUCUUCUUUGUAGGAUAAUCAACAAAAAUGAGGUACAUUCAUUUAAAUAUAGCAAACGGAUAUUUACUAAGCCAUAGGUUUUCCAGGUUGUGUAUUAUUAUUAUUUUUUAUUUUAUUUUGUUUCUUCUUUUUUUUGUGGCAAGGUCUUUUUCUACUAGAAUGUACAUUUACGAAAAACAAAAGAUGAAAAAAAUA